GCACACGGACUACUACAGGACUAGCACCACACUCUACAUUAAGAAACCAAACUCACUUGAGAUGGCAUUCCGAUUCUUUCUCCUAGCCGUUUUGGUUGCAUCGGCUUCUCAUGCUUUCGCCUCCGACCCAAGCAUGCUCCAGGACUUUUGCGUCGCUGACAAGACGUCGCAAGUUCUUGUCAACGGAUUUGCAUGCAAGGAUCCCAAAGCCGUCAGCGCUGAAGACUUCUUCUUCUCCGGCCUCCACAUGGCCGGCAACACGAGCAACAAACAGGGCUCCGCCGUGACGGGGGUCAACGUCGCCCAGAUCGCCGGGCUCAACACCCUGGGCAUCUCCCUCGCCCGCGUCGACUACGCGCCCUACGGCCAGAACCCGCCGCACAUCCACCCGCGCGCCACCGAGAUCCUGACGGUGCUAGAGGGCUCGCUCUACGUCGGCUUCGUCACCUCCAACCCAGACAACAAGCUCUUCGCCAAGGUUCUCAACAAAGGGGACGUCUUCGUCUUCCCCCAGGGGUCCAUCCAUUUCCAGUUCAACUACGGGACCAACAGCGCCAUCGCCCUGGCGGCGCUCAGCAGCAUGAACCCUGGUGUGAUCACCAUUGGCAACGCCGUGUUUGGAUCAAAGCCGGCCAUCUCAGGCGAUAUCCUCGCCAAGGCCUUUCAGGUGGACAAGAUGGUUGUAGACCGCAUUCAAGCUCAGUUCUGAAGUAUCUAGCUACAGAUUUCUUUGUUAACGACCAUAGAGAUUAUU